CCAGCGCCAGCGGGGAGGGGGCGGUGCAGGGAAGAGAGCGAGGAAAGUAGAUUUGUAGGACGUUGAGUGAGGAAAGUUUGCAAGUCCCAACAGAAGGCAAAGUGCUCCUGAGAGAUCGGCUUUGGGGAGGGGAGGGGGGAGGGAAGAACAGCUUUCUUUUCUUGUUCUUGCUCUCCCUCUCUCUCUCUUAUUUUAAUCGCUUCCCUCUUAUAAAUCUCUUCCCCCAAGUGCACCAGCAUAACCGGGACACUCACUGUCCCCUUUCUAGCUCUCUUCUCAAUAACCCUUCAAGAUUAUGUCAAUCGGUCUGAAGGGACCUGGGAUUCCCUGCGGGUGCUGACGGAGCUGCGGGAGCCAGAGAAGAAUGCAAGUGCGUGGAGUGUGCCUGGCUGCCGGCUGGUUCUUACUGGCCCUGUGUCUGUGGGGGCAGCCCGCAGAGGCUGCGGCCUGCCAUGGGUGUUCUUCUGGAUCAAAAUGUGACUGCAGUGGUAUAAAAGGAGAAAAGGGAGAACGGGGGUUUCCAGGUUUAGAAGGUCAUCCAGGUUUACCAGGAUUUCCAGGUCCAGAAGGCCCUCCAGGACCUCGGGGACAAAAGGGUGAUGAUGGAAUUCCAGGGCCACCAGGACCAAAAGGAAUCAGAGGUCCUCCUGGACUUCCUGGAUUUCCAGGGACACCAGGUCUUCCUGGGAUGCCAGGCCAUGAUGGGGCUCCAGGACCUCAAGGUAUCCCUGGAUGCAAUGGAACCAAGGGAGAACGUGGAUUUCCAGGCAGUCCGGGCUUUCCUGGUUUACAAGGUCCUCCAGGACCUCCUGGGAUCCCAGGUAUGAAGGGGGAACCAGGCAGUAUAAUCAUGUCACCACUGCCAGGACCAAAGGGUAAUCAAGGAUACCCAGGUCCUCCUGGAAUACAAGGCCCACCUGGUCCCAAGGGUAUAUCAGGGCCAAGUGGUCCUCCAGGACCACCAGGUUUAAUGGGACCUCCUGGCCCACCAGGCCCACCGGGACCAAAGGGGAAUAUGGGCUUAAAUUUCCAGGGACCCAAAGGUGAAAAAGGCGAACAAGGUCUUCAGGGCCCACCUGGUCCACCUGGGCAGAUCAGCGAACAGAAAAGACCAAUUGACAUAGAAUUUCAGAAAGGAGAUCAGGGAGUUCCUGGUGAUAGAGGGCCUCCUGGACCUCCAGGAAUACCUGGUCCUCCCGGUCCUCCUGGUGGUGUGAAAGGUGAAAAGGGUGAGCCAGGAGAGGCAGGCAAAAGAGGUAAACCAGGCAAAGAUGGAGAGACUGGCCAACCAGGAAUCCCAGGUUUGCCUGGUGAUCCUGGUUACCCUGGAGAACCAGGAAGAGAUGGUGAAAAGGGUCAAAAGGGUGAUAUUGGCCCACCUGGACCUCCCGGACUUGUAAUUCCUGCACCUGGAACUGGUGUGACUAUGGGAGAAAAAGGAAAUAUCGGGUUACCUGGUUUGCCUGGAGAAAAGGGAGAGCGAGGAUUUCCUGGAAUACAAGGUCCACCUGGCUUUCCUGGACCUCCAGGAACAGCAGUUGUGGGUCCCCCUGGUCCUCCUGGAUAUCCUGGUGAAAGGGGCCAGAAAGGUGAUGAAGGUCCCCCUGGAAUUUGUAUUCCUGGAUCUCCUGGACUUGAUGGACAGCCUGGGGCUCCUGGCCUUCCAGGACCUCCUGGCCCCCCUGGCCCCCAGUUGCCAUCCAGAGAUGAAAUCUGUAAAGCAGGCCCUCCUGGGCCUCCAGGACCUCCAGGUGAUAAAGGACUCCAAGGAGAGCGAGGAGUAAAAGGUGACAAAGGUGAUACUUGCUUCAACUGUAUUGGAACUGGCAUUUCAGGGCCUCCAGGCCAACCUGGUUUACCAGGUCUCCCAGGUCCUCCAGGAUCUCUUGGAAUCCCUGGAGAGAAGGGGGACAAAGGACAAGCUGGGAUAACUGGUCCGAAAGGAUUGCCAGGCAUACCUGGACCUCCAGGUGCUCCAGGCUUUCCAGGGUCUAAGGGUGACCCUGGGGAUGUCCUCACUCUUCCAGGAAUGAAAGGUGACAAAGGAGAGUUGGGUUUCCCUGGAGCUCCAGGGCUUCCUGGUCUACCUGGUAGUCCUGGAAAGGAUGGUUUGCCAGGACUCCCUGGCCCCAAAGGAGAGCCUGGUGGAAUUACUUUUAAGGGUGAAAGAGGUCCUCCUGGGAGCCCAGGUUUACCAGGUCUCCCAGGAAAUAUGGGACCUACAGGCCCAGUUGGUUUUGGGCCUCCAGGCCCCAUAGGCGAAAAAGGCAUACAAGGUGUGGCAGGAAAUCCAGGCCAGCCGGGAUUACCAGGUCCUAAAGGAGAUCCAGGCCAGACCAUAACCCAGCCAGGAAAGCCUGGUUUGCCAGGUAGUCCAGGCAGAGAUGGUGAAGUGGGUCUUCCAGGUGAUCCUGGACUUCCAGGCCAACCAGGCCUGCCAGGAAUACCUGGUAGCAAAGGAGAACCAGGUAUCCCUGGGAUUGGGCCUCCUGGACCACCUGGUCCUAAAGGUUUUCCAGGAAUUCCGGGACCUCCAGGAGCUCCUGGGGCCCCUGGAAGAAUGGGUCCAGAUGGGCCUCCUGGGCCACCAGGCUUCCCAGGACCAAAGGGAGAGCCAGGAUUUGGGUUACCUGGGCCACCUGGGCCACCAGGAUUCCCAGGUUUCAAAGGAACACCUGGUCCAAAAGGUGAUCGUGGUUUCCCAGGACCUUCAGGUCCUCCAGGACGCACUGGCUUGGAUGGGCUACCUGGACCAAAAGGUGAUGUUGGACCAAAUGGACAACCUGGCCCAGUAGGGCCUCCAGGGCUGCCAGGAAUUGGUCUUCAGGGACCACCAGGACCACCAGGGACUCCAGGGCCAAUAGGCCAACCUGGCUUACAUGGGAUUCCAGGAGAGAAGGGGGACCCAGGACCUCCUGGGUUUGAUGUUCCAGGACUCCCUGGAGAGAGAGGUAGUCCAGGGCUCCCUGGAGCCCCUGGUCUUAUAGGACCUCCAGGAUCACCUGGUGUCCCUGGAAAAGCAGGUGUCCCUGGAUUUCCAGGUGUCAAAGGCGAAAUGGGUAUGAUGGGACCUCCAGGCCCACCUGGACCUUUGGGAAUUCCUGGCAGGAGUGGUGCUCCUGGUCUUAAAGGUGAUGAUGGCAUGCAAGGUCAGCCAGGUCUCCCUGGCCCUGCAGGAGAAAAGGGCGGUAAGGGAGAGCCUGGCCUUCCAGGUCCUCCUGGACCAAUGCAUCCAGAUUUCCUGGGAUCGAAAGGAGAAAAGGGUGAGCCCGGCUUACCAGGUAUUCCUGGACUUUCAGGACCAAAAGGCUACCAGGGAUUACCUGGAGACCCAGGGCAACCUGGACUGAGUGGACAACCAGGAUCACCAGGACUCCCAGGUCCCAAGGGUAAUCCUGGUCUCCCUGGUCCACCAGGACUUACAGGACCUCCUGGACCAAAAGGAAACAUUGGUGACAUGGGUUUUCCUGGCCCUCAAGGUGUAGAUGGGCCCCCUGGACCUCCUGGAUUUCCUGGACAACCUGGCUCUCCUGGGUUACCUGGCCAGAAAGGAAGUAAAGGAGAGCCUGGGGUUUCAGGCAUUGGACUUCCAGGUCUUCCUGGCCCAAAGGGUGAACCUGGUCUGCCUGGAUAUCCAGGAAACCCAGGUAUCAAAGGGUCGGUGGGAGAGACUGGUCUUCCUGGAUUACCAGGAAACCCUGGAGCAAAAGGUCAACCGGGCCUGCCUGGAUUCCCAGGAACACCAGGACUUCCUGGACCAAAAGGUAUGAAUGGUCCUCCUGGUAACCCUGGCUUUCCCGGAGAACCUGGUCCUGUAGGUGCCGGAGGGCGUCCUGGACCACCAGGACCUCCUGGUGAAAAAGGCAAGCCAGGUCAAGAUGGCAUUCCUGGGCCAGCAGGACAAAAGGGAGAACCAGGUCAACCAGGCUUUGGAAUCCCAGGACCUCCUGGACUCCCAGGACUUUCUGGACAAAAGGGUGAUGGAGGAUCACCUGGACUUCCAGGAAAUCCUGGCCUUCCAGGUUCAAAGGGUGAGCCAGGCUUUCAGGGAUUCCCUGGUAUGCCAGGUCCCCCAGGUCCUCCUGGUUCUCCUGGUCAAGCUUUGGAAGGUCCCAAAGGAAACCCUGGGCCUCAAGGCCCUCCUGGGAGACCAGGUUUUCAAGGUCCACCAGGUACAGAAGGUCCUCGUGGACCCCCUGGAAAUGGAGGUAUCAAAGGAGAGAGGGGAAAUCCAGGCCCACCUGGGCAGCCAGGCUUACCUGGUUUGAAAGGAGAUCAAGGACCACCAGGACUCCCGGGUAACCCUGGCCGGCCAGGUCUUAAUGGAAUGAAAGGAGAUCCUGGUCUCCCUGGUGUUCCAGGAUUCCCAGGAAUGAAAGGACCCAUUGGAGUACCAGGCUCCACUGGCCCUGAUGGGGAACCAGGUCUUACUGGGCCCCCAGGUCCUCCUGGGUUGCCUGGUCCUUCAGGACAGAGUAUUGUAAUCAAAGGAGAUCCUGGACCUCCAGGGAUUCCUGGACAACCUGGAUUAAAAGGUCUACCAGGACUUCCAGGCCCUCAAGGCCUACCAGGUCCAAUUGGCCCUCCAGGAGAUCCAGGACGCAAUGGACUCCCAGGCUUUGAUGGUGCAGGAGGGCGCAAAGGAGACCCAGGGCUGCCAGGACAGCCAGGUGCCCGUGGAUUGGAUGGUCCCCCAGGACCAGAUGGAUUGCAAGGACCUCCAGGACCCCCUGGAACCACCUCUGUUGCCCAUGGAUUCCUCAUCACACGUCACAGUCAAACAACAGAAGCACCACAAUGCCCACGGGGAACAGUUCAUAUCUAUGAAGGCUUUUCUCUCCUGUAUGUACAAGGAAAUAAAAGAGCCCAUGGUCAAGACUUGGGUACGGCUGGCAGCUGCCUUCGUCGCUUCAGUACCAUGCCUUUCAUGUUCUGCAACAUUAACAACGUUUGUAACUUUGCUUCAAGAAAUGACUAUUCUUACUGGCUUUCCACCCCAGAGCCCAUGCCAAUGAACAUGGAACCCCUGAAGGGACAGAGCAUCCAGCCAUUCAUUAGUCGAUGUGCAGUGUGUGAGGCGCCAGCUGUGGUGAUCGCUGUUCACAGCCAGACUAUUCAGAUUCCACACUGUCCUCAGGGGUGGGACUCUCUGUGGAUUGGCUAUUCCUUCAUGAUGCAUACAAGUGCAGGAGCAGAAGGCUCUGGCCAAGCCCUAGCCUCUCCUGGCUCCUGUUUGGAAGAAUUUCGUUCCGCUCCCUUCAUCGAAUGUCAUGGGCGAGGGACAUGCAAUUACUAUGCCAAUUCGUACAGCUUUUGGCUGGCCACUGUUGAUAUGUCAGACAUGUUCAACAAACCUCAGUCAGAAACCCUGAAAGCAGGAGACUUGAGGACGCGUAUUAGCCGAUGUCAAGUAUGCAUGAAGAGGACAUAACUUGUUGAAGAGUUCCUUGUGUUUUUUUUAAUGUGAUUAUAUAUAUAUACAUACAUAAACUAUUAUAUGUGAUUCCCAGGAUGCAAUGUCUCACUCACUCUCCCCACCUUUACCACUGCUCCCACCAAUGGUGCUAAUAUCCUCUAUGACGAAGAGAACAUGCUGACUAGCAACCAUGAAGAUUCAGAUGUACCUCAGCAAUGUGCCAGAGCAAGGGCUCCAUCCUUCCUUAUGAAAGCAAUAGGAAAGUGACUAUACUUCUGGGGCUCCAAUAAAUUCCUUCAAGGAUUGUAAGGCGAAGUUCAUAUGCUUUGCCUAGUUACUGAAAUGGCACAUCAAAAAUUCAAUGAAGAGAAGAGUUAUACUGAGUAAAAGUACUGAGUGCGGUUUGAGGAAGUAUUCUUUUUCAUGGUGCUACUAAUCCUAAUGUACCACAGGAUUUUAAUAAAAGAGUGUUCAUCUUACUUUGCUUUGUAAGUAAAAGAAAUGUGUAUAUGCUGUAAACAACCUCUUAGUUCAAAAUGUUGAGUCAUUUAGAUGUGAUCUGGCAUAAACCCUACUUUACUGAAAAAUCUAUGAAAUCUUACUCUAUAGACAGCAAGAUAUACAUGUGAGAAAAUGUAUCCUUUCAUCGAGUUAUUACUGAAAGCAAAUUAAUUGGGAGUUUUUAAAAAAAAAUUUAAGUAACUUUGACCAGAAUUUUAGUGGUUCAUAUAAAACUUAUCAAAUUAUCAUAUCCAAUGAAGCAAUCUCUUAUUUUAUGUCUUGUUUUACUUAAUCCUGACAGUUUUGAGAAAAAAAAUACCAAAUUAAUUAAUAAUUCUUAUUAUUCUGGUGCUAUGCAAGAAUUAUUCUCCUGUGGGCUCAUUUGUGUAAGAAGACAGUAUUUGCUUAGUCUUCUCCCUUCAAUUAGAAAAAGCCAAUGGACUUUUAAAACCUUUAUAUUUUAAACAUUUUUAUUAAGAAUAGUCAUAGGAUACCUUAUUUUCUUAACUGUCAUCUUCUCACUGAAUUUUUUUUAAUUUACCAGUAUCAACUUAAUUAAAGAUAUAUGUUAUAAUUAUGGUUCAUUGUCUCUUUCUUUAGCAUAAGAAUAAAACCAUGUUCAUUUA